UUCUCGGUGUUCCAGACGCACAGGACAACAAAACUCAUGACAUCAUAUCGUGUGACUGUGUGACGUUGAAAACCUGCGUCGCCACACAGUACACAAAGCUGUCGUCUGUGAGAUGCCAGUCAGUGUGUCCGAGGACUUGUAAGAGAAACCAUAGACGGUCGAACUUGUGCGCCAUGAGUGAGAGGGUGACAGUGAUGGCGAUCUUUGAGGAGGAGGAGCCCAUGACCAUCCCUGGCCCUCAGGACGUCGAGAGCGGGAACUGUCUGGUGUGUGGAGAAAAGGCAUCGGGCUUCCACUACGGGGUCUUCAGUUGUGAGAGCUGCAAGGGUUUCUUUCGAAGAAGUGUGCACAAAGGCAGUGUGAAGGUCUGUAAGUUUGGGAACAGGUGCUGCCUAAACCCCAGCACCAAGAGGAGCUGUGCUGACUGCCGACUCCGGCUGUGCAAGGCUGCUGGCAUGAGGCCUGAUUGUCUUCUCACGGACGCUCAGCGCAGGUCCACGCCGCUGUGGCGGCAACAUCGCCCUGCAGGCCAGUCCUCUAAACCCGGACCUUCCUCCUCACCCUCACCACUCAUCAACCAAAAUGGCGACAUUUCAUCUUCUGCAUCCGGGACAUCAUCACCACCAUGGUCUGAUGACGGUAGCAGCAGCACGGCCCAGGGCAUCAUGGGAGACCCUGAGGUUGCCAGGAUGUUCGCCAAGCCUGAACUGGUACAGCUGCUGGCUCCAAACCACCAGGAGAUCAUCUCUGAAAUCCUGGGGUAUUGGAAGAAGAAUGCCAGCGAAGAACGUCGGCACAUCGAGGAACUAUGUAAUGACACUCUGGCGGGCAAGACCCUUCAGGAAAAACAGCUGAACUCCCUGAAGCACGGAGAUGUUUGUAUUCAGAGAUGCAUCGCUUUCUGCAAGGCAAUCCGGGGAUUCAAGGACCUCUCCAUCGAUGAUCAGAUCGCGGUCGUUAAGGGAUCCAUGUUCGAGUACUCCAUGAUGCGAUGGACUGUCUCUUGUCAGGAGUGUGAAAUAGACAACGAAGUGACUUACCAGGUGGCAAAUUUAGGAGUAAAUGAUAGGACCAUGACUAACCAGGUGACGUUAGCAGAGAUCUUUGAUGAGGAGUUGUCUAAGGACGGAGAUGGAGUCGACGUUCCUCCACCUAUGGAGCUAGCUGCCGGGGACUGUCUGGUGUGUGGAGACAAGGCCUCCGGAUUUCACUAUGGAGUCUUCAGCUGUGAGGGCUGUAAGGGAUUUUUCCGCCGAAGUGUGACCCGAGGCCAUGUGAAGGCCUGCAGAUGGGGGAACCAGUGCAGUAUGGACCUGUACACCAGGAGGAGAUGUCCCGAGUGUCGCCUCAGGUCCUGUAAGGCUGCUGGCAUGAGGCCUGACUGUCUGCUCACCCAGGCCCAGUGUAGGUCCAAGUUAUUGUGGCGAAAAUCCAUUGCACCAAAACCAGUCAAGUCCGAACGCGCAGCGUCAUCUAGUACCACUAAUAGUCAGGACUCACCAACCAUGCCCAAUCCGGACCAGAGUGGAGUUCCUGACGAGGUUUCUCACAAAAGCAGUCUUUCACCAGCUGCUCCAGAAUCAACCUACACAAGGAGCAUCUCUCAUGAUGCUCUCAAAUGGGUUACCUCAACAGAGAACAAACAGUCUACAGAGGAUGACGACACACAUUCUACUGUCAGGGAAGUGACGUCCCCGUCUGUGGAUUCAGUGCAUGGCCCAUCCAGAUCUGUGUCCACAGGCAGCAAUGACAUGUUGUCCUUCAUUACUGUCCUUGACACUGACUCAGAGGUUGGGUCUAAUGCGACAUCACUGGAAAAAAUCGCAGAUGUGGAGCCUAUCAUUGUAGGAAAGGAGGAAGUUGUGACUGUAGCACCUGAAAAAUGUAAGAAAGAGGAGGACACGGAACUCGUCGCCGAGACGCUGCUAUCUCUUCAGACUUCAGACGGCAAAGGAGCCGAGUCAGACCCCAUCCGCAGGAGAUAUUUGCCCGAGGAUCUCUCCCAGGUAGCGCGGAUGGAGAAUCUGUUUGUGAGACCAGACUCCAUCCAGGAGCUGGACAAACAACACCAGGAACUCAUCAAGGCGAUACUGGAGCACUGGGGACAGAACAUUGAGUCUGAACGCAAACAUGCCAUAGCAAUGUGGGAGGACACAGAAGCUUGUAAGACCCUGCAGGAGAAACAGCUGCGGUAUGUGGAGCAUGGAAACAAGUUUGUGGAGAGGUACAUCUCCUUCUGUCGGACCCUGCAUGGCUUCAACAGUCUCCACGUGGAAGACCAGAUCAACGUUGUCAAGGGAUCCAUCUUUGAGAACUUCAUCAUGCGUGGACCAGUCUUCUGUAAAGAAACAGGUUUGGAUGUCAACAUCGCUCAGCGCCUAACAGCUAUGAUGUACACGCAGGAGUUCACCGACAGGGUGAUGAAGUGGUGUGAGGGAAUGUGGAAGCUGAACGUGGACCCCAUUACAGUGCACCUUCUGUGCUGUUCUGUCAUCCUGUCACCAGACCGUGCCAAUGUGAGAGGUGGGGAAAUACUUGAAAAGGCCCAAGAGAAAUACAUAGAGUGCCUGCAGGCGUACUGUAAGGUGGCUUACCCCGACCAACCGCUGAUGUUCGCACGGCUGAUGGGCAAGCUGACGGAAGUGCGGGAGAUCGGCGCAUCAUGUGAAAAACACCUGCGACCUGAGUGUGCCAGCAUGAUUCAGGCACAACCCCUGGUGUCAGAAAUCUGGCAGAAAGACUAAAAUAGGAAGGAAAGGCUACAUACAAACAUAUCUUUACAGUGUAGACUGCAAAAGUGUUUGGUAAGUUCUUUGAACAAUGGGUGGAAUUACAUUGAAGGAAUUUUGGAUGCAAUCAUAUCAUGAUUUUAAGAUAGCUUUGGUCAGGUUAUAAGUUUUGAAAUUGAACUUUGAAUUAAGAUCCCUGUGUCACUGUUCAUAUUAUAGAAAUAGACACCAAGAUGUUCAGGAUGUCAGUGUUUCUUCUGUAUCAUUUAUAUGUAUUUGGGAUAUUUCUAUAUCAUUGUAUAUGCUUUUUCCAAAGGCAUCCAGUAAUUAAGUGGACUAAUAUUGUGAUAUGAUAUAUAUAUGAUAUGUAUCACAUGUUGAUUAUGAAGCUAAACUUCUUCCUGUUGUGAUUUUGUUCUGUAACAUUGUUGGCUACAGUGUAAAUAAACCAGGGCAAAGGUUAUGGGAGGGAAAAGGACGCCAUUUAUGUGGCUCACAGCACAGAAGUAAGCAUGCAGAUGCAUGUACAGAGAGAGAAUAUAUACAAAGCUGUAUCCUUGGUGAGAGGGCAAUCAUAAUCCAAAGGUUUUGCUAAUUGAACAAUAUCUUAGCUUGUUAAAAAUGCCUGGCAACAAAGGGGAAGGGUUUGGUAAAUAAAGCAAAGGUGUAAAUAUUUCUUAGUAAAUAUGUUGCAAGCUAGCAUUAACUAAGCUGUUGAAAACAAAAAAAAAUAUCUAUAGUUGAGAAGAAAUUAUUCUUGCAAAUUGUACAAAAACAUUUGUGUAGCAGAUAGUAUUACAACAGUUGUGAUAAACGUAUAUUACAAUUUGGCUUCUCAUAAUACAAUGUAGAAACACAUUAUACAGUUGGAGUACAAUAACCAGUAAGCCUUGUAUCCAUUUGAUUCUAUUACAUGUAUAUCUAAAAUUUAUGUUCACUCAUUUGAUCACUUCCCUUUGGAAUUAAGUCUGGCGCCUGUAGUAGAGAGACAAUUGGCAUUAAAUAUUUGCUGGAAAUAUGGGCAAGAUACUAAUUGCCUUUGAUUCACAGAGUUCUCGCAAUGGCAUAGAUAGAAUGGUCAUUUGGACAUUUGACCCCUGCAUAUGACACCUAUAAUUCAGAAAAUAAUCGAUGCACUGGACUUAUGGACAAAAUGAUGGUACAGGGUCCAGAUUUUUAAAAAUACUUGUAUGUGUGUGUGUAGACACACAUCAGAAAGGAAACUCUAGACUUGUAUUCAGGUGACCGUGUUGGCAAAAUUGAGGUAUGUGGAUCUACAGUAGUACUUUUUCCCAUCCAGACUUUUAUUAAGGGCCACCUGCAGUGAACAGCUUGAUUGUUGUAUGUUGUGAAGUGGUUAGCUGGUACCAGUGAUCAUUUUGUGUAACGGUUCUUGACUCAACUUUCAGCUACUAGUAUAUAUCCCCAUGUACAGUUUGCAAUACUUUCAAACAAUGGCUUUGUGGUAACUACAAAAUGCAUGACAUUUCAUUGUACAUGUUGUCAUCAUUUGUUACACUCCUUGUGUGGUAAUGUGAGUACAUGCAUAUUACAUGGUACUUUCAGCCACAAACACCUGACAGGUGCAGUUACUGUGUUUUGUUUUAAGCACAAUUGUGCUUCGGUUUCUAAGGAGAGAUAAUGUGCUGAUCAUCAUUCAAUUUCUAGAACAAUUUAUGCCACUUA